AUGAAACGGUUUUUCCAAGUAGUAGAGAAAGAUUCAGACAAAGCUUUGAAGAAAGCGAAAGAGAAUGAAAAAGAAGAAGAAAACGAAAACGAAAACGAAACGAACAAAGAAGAACCAUUGAAGUUCGUGACUUGGAACGCUAACAGUUUAUUCCUUCGCGUCAAGAACAAUUGGUCCGAGUUCUCCAACUUCAUCACCACCUUCGAUCCCGAUGUCAUUGCGAUUCAAGAAGUUCGAAUGCCCGCUGCUGCUUCCGGUUCCCAAUCCAAGUCCGCUCCUAAAAAUCAAGGUGAAAUUAAGGAUGAUACUAACUCCGCCAGGGAAGAAAAAAGGAUAUUGAUGCGGGCACUUUCAAAUCCACCGUUUGGGAACUAUCGUGUUUGGUGGUCUCUUGCAGAUUCAAAGUAUGCAGGGACAGCACUAUUUGUGAAAAAAUGUUUCAAGCCAAAAAGUGUUGUUUUCAAUCUUGAUAAAAUAGCUUCAAAGCAUGAACCAGAUGGCCGGGUAAUCUUAAUUGAAUUUGAAACAUUUCGUUUAUUGAAUACAUAUGUACCGAAUAAUGGGUGGAAAGAGGAGGCAAACUCAUUUCAAAGGAGAAGAAAAUGGGACAACAGAAUCCUUGAAUUUGUUCACCAAAAUUCAGACAAGCCUUUGAUAUGGUGCGGGGAUCUGAAUGUCAGCCAUGAAGAGAUCGACGUGAGUCAUCCAGAGUUUUUCAGUACAGCAAAACAAAAUGGUUAUGUUCCUCCAAAUAAAGAGGAUUGCGGGCAGCCUGGAUUUACCUUGGCUGAAAGAGCAAGAUUUGGUACCAUCCUAAGGGAGGGAAAGCUGGUAGAUGCCUACAGAUUUCUGCACAAGAAUAAAGACAUGGAGCAGGGCUUCUCAUGGUCUGGAAACCCGAUUGGGAGGUACCGCGGAAAACGAAUGAGAAUAGACUAUUUUUUAGUUUCAGAAAAACUUGAAGAAAAGAUUGUUGCCUGUGAAAUGCGUGGACAAGGAAUAGAGUUAAAAGGUUUCUAUGGAAGUGAUCAUUGUCCAGUUACCUUGGAGCUCUCUCCUUGUUCCAACUCUCAAAAUGAGGAUCCAAUAUAA